AUGUUAGGAGUUUUCGGUAUUGCCGUUCUCACGACUCUGCUCCGCGGAGCUCUCGCCCAACAGCCUCUCCGGUGCAUGCCCUUCGGCGACUCCAUCACGGACUACGGAUGCUGGCGCCCAUGGCUCGCCGAGAAGCUUAAGGAAGACGGCUAUACUCUUGAUUUUGUCGGUAGCCGCCAGGCUCAAGCGACUUGCGACGAUCUAGACUACGAUCGGGACCACGAGGGCCAUCCCGGUUUCCAAGCCGUGGACAUCGUCAAGGACAAGCAGUUGGUGGGGUGGCUGAAGGAUAAUCCUGCGGAUAUCAUCACUAUGCAUUUGGGGACUGUGGAUAUUGUUCGAUCGGGGACAAAGGCAGAUGUGAUUCUGGAGGCAUACAGCGCGCUUGUGGACCAGAUGCGGGACAGCAAUCCGGAGAUCAGGAUAAUCGUCGCUCAAAUGAUCCCCUACCCAGCGAAUGACGGGCUUGUCCAAGAACUCAAUGCCGCCAUCCCUGAGUGGGCAGCGUCCAAGAACUCGACUGAAUCUCCCAUCUGGGUUGUUGAUCAGUACACGGGCUUCAGUGGUACGACAGACCUCUACGAUGGCCUACAUCCGAGCGAAUCUGGGGAUGUGAAGAUAAGUGGAAAGUUCCAUCCUGUCAUAAUUCAGGCUAUCGAAAGUAUCAGAGGCAGCGGGCUUGAAGCCGAGGAGUAG